AUGGUGUUAGGUUGGAGAAGAAGGAAGAACAACCACCGUAAAGGUGGUGGCAAACCCAGCUUGGAGGUGGUGAUUCCCAACCACUUCAGGUGUCCAAUUUCUCUGGAUUUGAUGAAGGAUCCUGUGACAUUGUCUACUGGGAUCACCUAUGAUAGAGAAAGCGUGGAAAGGUGGUUUGAAGAUGGGAACUAUACUUGUCCUGUUACAAACCAAAUUGUGAGGAACUUUGACAUGAUUCCAAACCAUUCUCUUAGGAUAAUGAUUCAAGAUUGGUGUGUGGAAAAUAAACAAUAUGGGGUUGAGAGGAUUCCAACUCCAAGGAUACCAAUAAGUCCAAUUGAGGUUGCUGAGCUUUUAUUGCAAGUGAAGGACUCAGCAAUAUGUUUGGAUCAAUAUGGUUGCUUAGAAUUGGUGAAGAAAAUGGAGAAGUGGGGUGCUGAGAGUGAGAGGAACAAGAAAUGUAUAGUGGAAAAUGGAGCACCCGGUGCAUUGGCUUCUGCAUUUGAUGCAUUUGCAAAUGAUUCUGUUGACAGGAAUGUGGUUGUUCUUGAGGAGAUUUUGUCAGCACUCAAUUGGGUGUUUCCACUUCAAUUGGAGGCACAGAAAUCUUUAGGGACUUGUGCUUCUUUACGUUGCAUGGUUUGGUUCUUGAAGCACCAGGAUCUCUCAGGGAGAGAAAAGUCUAUUGUUGCAUUGCAAGAGCUUCUUUCUUUUGGUGAUGAGAAGAAUGUGGAGGCUUUGUCAGAAAUUGAAGGAGUCAAUGAGCUCUUGGUGGAGUUCAUCAACAAGAGAAUUAGUCCAAAGAUUACCAAAGCUUCACUCAAGGUUGUUUUUUUCUUGGUUUCAUCAUCUUCCCCUUCCAGUGAGAAAAUGAAAUUGGCAUUUGUUGAAUUGGGUUUGGUUUCUUCUCUAUUGGACAUUCUCAUUGACUCAGAAAAGAGCCUGUGUGAGAAGGCUUUGGCUAUUUUGGACUCCCUAUGCAAUUGUGAAGAAGGGAGGGACAAAGCUUAUGGUAAUGAUCUAACAAUUCCUGUAUUGGUGAAGAAACUAUUGAGAGUUUCACCAUUGACCACAGAUUACUCUGUCUCUGCAAUUUGGAAGCUGUGCAAGUUUGGAGAGAAAGAUGAAGGAAAAGCUCUUGUUGAGGCCCUUCAAGUUGGUGCCUUUCAGAAACUCUUGUUGGUAUUGCAGGUUGGUUGUGGUGAUGAGACCAAGGAGAAAGCUACUGAACUUCUCAAACUGCUGAAUCCUUAUAGGGCUGAUUUGGAAUGCAUAGACUCAGAUUACAAGAAUAUUAAGAGAUCAUUUUAAGGUUGUAAUUCAUUUUCUUCCUAGAAGCUUAGUCCUGUAUUAUGUGUAAAACUUUUUUGCCUAAUGCAUGGAUCUCUACAAUCUGUGUCAUGGGAUUCAAAGAAAUCAUAAAUA